GCCCCCCCUAGCGGCCAGUUCUCAAUGAGACGCGCGUGUGUCACGUGCUCUGUGUGCGCAUCACGUGACCCGGGUUGUGUUUGUGGGACUCUCCUGCCCGGUCGAGGGGUACCCGAUACCCCGGCUCCGUCGCCAUCAUAUCGGGUUUUUGUUUUAAAACUGAUAUUUAAUUCCCUCGGCGACUUCAUAUUACCCGGAGUCCCGAAUUGCGGAGGGCCGCAGUGGAGAGCCUGGGAGUGGCAGCCGACGACUCGUCGGGCUAUGGAGCGCUUCUGCCGGCGGGUGUAGUUGUCCAAGUCGCCGGAGCCUUUCGUCUGCAGCAGCAGACCGCUGCAUGUUCUCUCUGCAGCUCUUCCUCACUCCUGUUUCGGGGGGUCACCGUGCCUUCCCUCCCCUUUCCUCACAAUGGCUCCUAAAGACAUCAUGACCAACUCGCAUGCCAAAUCCAUCCUGAACGCCAUGAACUCCUUGAGGAAGAGCGACACGCUGUGCGACGUCACUCUGAAAGUGGAGAGCACAGACUUCCCAGCGCACCGCAUCGUCCUGGCUGCUUGCAGUGACUAUUUCUGUGCCAUGUUCACCAGUGAGCUUUCAGAAAAGGGGAAACCUUUCGUUGAUAUCCAAGGCCUUACUGCUGCCACCAUGGAAAUCCUGCUGGAUUUUGUGUAUACAGAGACAGUCCACGUCACAGUGGAGAACGUGCAAGAGUUGCUGCCUGCAGCCUGUUUGUUACAGCUGAAAGGCGUGAAGCAGGCGUGCUGUGAAUUCUUAGAGAGCCAGCUAGACCCCUCGAACUGCCUUGGGAUCCGCGACUUUGCAGAAACGCACAACUGCGUGGAUCUCAUGCAAGCCGCUGAGGUGUUCAGCCAGAAGAACUUCCCGGAUGUCGUGCAGCACGAGGAGUUCAUGCUGCUGAGCCAGGGAGAAGUGGAAAAGCUCCUAAAAUGUGAUGAGAUUCAGGUGGACUCUGAGGAGCCUGUGUUUGAAGCGGUGGUGAACUGGGUGAAGCACUCUGAGAAGGAGAGGGAGCCGUUCCUGUCGGACAUGCUGCAGUACGUCCGCAUGCCGCUCCUCACCCCCAGAUACAUCACUGACGUCAUUGACUCCGAGCCAUUGAUUCGAUGCAGCCUGCAGUGCAGAGACCUCGUGGAUGAAGCCAAGAAGUUCCACCUGAGGCCUGAGCUGAGGAGUCAGAUGCAGGGGCCGAGGACCAGGGCUCGGCUGGGAGCUAAUGAAGUCCUGUUGGUAAUCGGAGGCUUUGGCAGUCAGCAGUCCCCUAUUGACAUUGUGGAGAAAUACGACCCCAAAACGCAGGCGUGGAGUUUUCUGGCUAGCGUCACGAGGAAGAGGAGGUACGUGGCCACGGUGUCCCUGAAUGACCGGGUGUACGUUAUCGGGGGGUAUGACGGGCGCUCUCGUCUCAGCUCGGUGGAGUGCCUCGAUUACACCGCGGACGAGGACGGCGUGUGGUAUUCGGUGGCUCCCAUGAACGUACGUAGAGGCCUGGCUGGAGCCACCACGCUCGGAGAUAUGAUCUACGUGGCAGGGGGGUUUGAUGGAAGCCGACGGCACACCAGCAUGGAGAGAUACGACCCCAAUAUUGACCAGUGGAGCAUGCUAGGGGAUAUGCAGACUGCCAGAGAAGGAGCCGGCCUUGUUGUAGCCAAUGGACUUAUCUACUGUCUCGGCGGGUAUGAUGGGCUGAAUAUUUUAAGUUCGGUAGAGAGGUACGACCCCCACACAGGACACUGGGCGAGCGUCACACCGAUGGCUACCAAGCGGUCAGGGGCUGGAGUGGCUUUGCUGAAUGAUCACAUCUACGUUGUCGGUGGGUUUGAUGGAACAGCUCAUCUGGCCUCGGUAGAAUCCUAUAACAUCCGCGCUGACACGUGGACGACAGUCACCAGCAUGACCACGCCGCGGUGCUACGUGGGUGCGACUGUGCUGCGUGGGAGGCUCUAUGCAAUCGCUGGAUAUGAUGGGAAUUCCCUCCUCAGCAGCAUCGAAUGCUACGAUCCUGUUAUCGACAGCUGGGAAGUGGUGACGUCAAUGGGAACUCAGCGCUGUGACGCUGGAGUUUGUGUGCUUCGGGAGAAAUGAGCUCCAGUCCGCACCAGACAGAGAAAGGGGGGGGGGACACUGUCCUAACUGGCAUUCUGAGGGAGAGGAACCAUUUCAUAAAAAGAGAGAGAGACGUAUCUGUUGCUAUGCUUUAUUUUAGGGGGGUAGGAUGCAAUCCAGAGACUUUUUUUUUUUUUUUAAUAUUAAAUGAUUCUGUGACGCAUUGUGACAUCAUGCAUUUAAAUAUUAAAUGAUUCUGUGACAUUGUGACAUCAUCCAUCCAUGCACGAAUGUUUUUCUGUGUGUGAACCACACGGUGCUGGGCACAAUAAUGGAGGUGGUUUAUGUGCAAUAUUUUACUGGUGAACCAGCACCUGGACAUCCUUGAACUGGACUUUCACAAAGCCUUGACAUUGUCUGCUACUUGGAAUCAGUUGUGAGAGACGUGCUUUACAUUGGCAUUAUAUUAGAGUUACAUUGUCACUAACAGCCGUCCAAUUGCAGUGUCCUUCAUUUCAAUGAAGAUUCAGUAGAUUCAGUGUGUUCUUCAGUGAGGGGGGGAAUUCAGAAAAGCUAGCUGUCAGCAUUAUGUGUGUUUUUUUUUUUUGUUUUUUUUAAUGAAUAUCGUGGUUUAUGUCUGUAAAUCAGAUUUUGAUCUGUCUGUGAAUACUAGUGAUGUUUCUAAGUUGAUCUAAUGUGAAAUUGUUCAAAAAAAAAAGAUAUAAAAAUAAAACGUGAAUAUCAAUUUUA